CUUCAGAUCAGUCCCACCAGCGACUUCCUGGCAUUACCAACGUUGCAAAACUUCUCGAGCGCACCGCUCUCAGAACACACACUCACUCAGGCCGGCCGGCGACCGAAAGCGAAGCCCAGGCGCAUGGUUACGCGCCAUUAACACAGAGUCACCCCCACAUAAACAACACACGCACGAGCACACUGCGAGCGCGAGAGCAUCAUGUCUGUCCUCCCGGCGGAGCUGCACACGGCACUUCAGCAGCUGUUGCAGGCUCUUCAGAGUACCGACAACACUGUGCGAGCAAACGCGGAAGAGCAGCUCAACAUAGAAUGGGUGCAGAAGCGUCCGGAUGUGCUGCUCAUGGGCUUGGCCGAGCAGAUGGGAGGCUCAACCGAUGAUGGCACACGCUCCUUUGCCUCCAUCAUCUUUCGCCGAAUAGCGACGCGUGCCGCCAAAGAUGCCGCGACACAAGAGAGCAAAGAAAUCUUCCUCCAACUCAACCACCAAACCAAGACCGCCAUCCGCGCCAAGCUCCUCGAAGACUACGCGAACGAGUCCAACAAGACUGUCCGACACAAGAUCGCCGAUGCCGUGGCCGAGAUCGCACGGCAAUAUACCGAAGAGCAGAUUCUCACUCCCGAAGGCGUGCGAGACACAUGGCCAGAGCUGCUCAAUGCUCUCUACCAGGCCAGCCAAAGCCCCGAUGCGAGCUUGAGAGAGUCAGCCUUCCGCAUCUUCGAGACUACACCAGGCAUCAUUGAGAAGCAGCAUGAGGAGGUCAUCAUUGCUGUGUUCCAGAAGGGACUCAAGGAUGAGGAUGUCAAUGUGCGCAUUGCCACCAUGACUGCAUUCUCCUCUUUCUUCCAGAGCUUGACGAAGAAGGCGCAGCCGAAAUACUUCAUUCUCAUUCCAGACAUCCUAGGUACACUUGUGCCGCUGAAGGACGCUCGCGAGUCCGAGGGCUUGACCAAGGCUCUUAUGGCUGUCAUUGAGCUCGCUGAAGUCGCCAGCAAGGCUUUCAAGGGUGUCUUUGGACCGCUCGUAACGAUCUGCGUGCAAAUGAUCUCGGACAAGGAGCUGGAAGACACGGCACGCCAGAAUGCGCUUGAGCUGAUGGCUACCUUUGCCGACUACAACCCGAAGAUGUGCAAGCAGGACAAGAAUUACAUCACCGACAUGGUCACUCAAUGCCUGUCGAUGAUGACCGAUGUCGGUCUCGACGAUGACGAUGCAGAGGAUUGGAAUGCGCAAGAGGACGUGGACUUCGAUGAGAGCGACUCGAACCACAUCGCGGGAGAGCAGACCAUGGAUCGACUCGCGAACAAGAUUGGUGGCAAGGACUUGCUUCCUCCAACCUUCACCUGGCUCCCUAGAAUGCUCCAGUCCGGCUCAUGGAGGGACAAGCACGCUGCCCUGAUGUGCAUCAGUGCUAUAUCAGAGGGCUGUGCCGACAUUAUGGAAGGGGAGCUUAACCAGGUCCUCCAGCUGCUGAUGCCAACCCUCCGCGAUGAGCACCCGCGUGUUCGAUGGGCUGCCUGCAACGCGCUUGGCCAGAUGAGCACAGACUUUAAGGGCACGAUGCAGUCCAAGUACCACUCCGUUGUCCUCCCAGCCCUGAUUGAGACUUUGGGCGCGCCUGAGCCACGAGUCCAGUCGCACGCUGCUGCUGCGCUGGUCAACUUCUGCGAAGAGGCCGAGAAGGAGGUCCUGGAACCAUACCUCGACAGACUGCUGACCAACCUGAUGCAACUGCUCAGAAGCCCGAAGCGUUUCGUUCAGGAGCAGGCCCUUUCCACGAUCGCCACUGUUGCCGACUCCGCGGAGAGCACAUUCGGCAAGUGGUACCCAGAGCUCAUGCCAGCACUAUUUGGCGUUCUGCAAGAGCCUAACGAGCGCGAAAAGAGGUUGCUCCGCGCCAAGGCUAUGGAGUGCGCAACUUUGAUCGCGCUUGCUGUUGGGAAGGAGCGAAUGGGACCAGACGCCAUCCAGUUGGUCAACAUUCUUGGCUCCGUACAGCAGGGCAUCACAGAUGAUGACGAUCCGCAAGAAAGCUAUCUGCUGCACUGCUGGGGCCGAAUGUGCCGUGUUCUCGGCCAAGACUUUGUCCCUUACCUGCAGACGGUCAUGCCACCGCUCAUGAAGCUUGCGCAGGCCAAGGCUGACAUUCAGCUUCUGGACGACGAGGAGAACGUUGCGCAAAUCGAGCAAGAAGAGGGCUGGGAGCUGGUCCCUCUCAAGGGCAAAUACAUCGGGAUCAAAACCAGCACGCUCGACGACAAGUUCAUGGCUAUCGAGCUUAUUACCGUCUACGCGCAGAAUCUCGUAGCUGGCUUCGCGCCGUAUGUCGCAGAGAUUAUGGAGAAAGUCGCCCUACCUGGGCUUGCUUUCUUCUUCCAUGACCCGGUUCGAGUCGCAUCUGCCAAGGCUGUCCCACACCUCCUCAACUCCUACAAGAUCGCGUACGGCGUCAACUCCAACGAAUAUCUUCAGCUGUGGAAGGGAACCAUCGAGAAGGUGCUUGAGGUCCUCGACACCGAACCCGCCAUCGAGACCUUGGCUGAAAUGUAUCAAUGCUUCUACGAAUCUGUCGAGGUAUCCGGCAAAGACUGCCUCUCGAACACCCACAUGGCCACCUUUAUCACAUCCGCUGAGACCGUGCUCAAGGACUAUCAACAGCGUGUCAAGGAACGUGCUGAGGAGGCCGAGCAGCGCGAAGACGGUGAAGAACCGGGCGAGGAGUACGAAUUUGCCGUGGAAGACGACCAGACCCUGCUGUCGGACAUGAACAAGGCUUUCCACACCAUCUUCAAGCAUCAAGGUCAAAACUUCCUGCCUCACUGGGAGCGACUUCUGAACUACUACGACAUUUUCGUCACAAACUCCGACCCGACACAAAGGCAAUGGGCUCUCUGCAUCCUCGACGAUGUCCUUGAGUUCUGCGGUCCCGCGUCGUGGCACUACUACUCACAUAUCGCACAGCCGCUGGUCGAUGGUAUGCGAGACGACGCUGCUGCGAAUCGACAAGCAGCUUGCUAUGGUGUUGGUGUCGCUGCGCACAAGGGCGGCGAGCAAUGGUCCGAAUUUGCUGCCGGCUCACUUCCCAUCCUCUUCGAAGUGACGCAGCGACCGAAUGCACGAAGUGAGGACGAUGCCUUCGCAACGGAGAAUGCUUGUGCUAGUAUCGCAAAGAUUCUUCAUUUUAACAACAGUAAGGUGCAGAACGUGUCGGAUGUUGUCGCUGGCUGGGUGGAUACUCUGCCUGUGACGAAUGAUGAGGAGGCCGCGCCGUAUGCUUAUAGCUUUUUGGCGCAGUUGAUUGAUGAACAAAACCAGACUGUGGUGUCCAAGGCUGCUGCGUGCUUCACAUACAUUGCCCAAGCGCUCGAAGCAGAGACUUUGCAAGGUCAAAUGGCCCAGCGAAUUGUUGGCGCGGGCAAGAAGCUUAUUCAAAUAUCGGGUCUCGAUGCGAACCAACUACUAGCCUCAUUGCCUCCUGAGACUCAAAAUACUGUCAAGACCUUAUUCGGAUAGAGGAGUUUGCCUGGAGGAGGUCCUCGAGUGAGCUGGAAUGGGACUGCACGCUCUGCGAGAGUGGGAUGGCUGGGCGGUGGUGUAGAGCAAUGGGUCUAUGACGGAGCGACGAGUGGCAGGCAUAGCAUAGCAUAGCGUUUGAUAAAUUCUUCCUGUUUUUGACAU